CAGUAAAUGGUCAGUAAAUGUUCGCUAACUAUAGGGUAAUUACUCCAUACACCAGAUAACAUUUCUCACUAAAUUACUAUAAGAUCUUCACUACUUGUUUAAUAUCAUAAUGUCUAAUAUAGGGGGAACUAAUAGUAAUAAUUCUGGAAGAAUAGGCACUCUGUCACUAACCAAUUCUCACUUAAGUUCUCAUAAUACUUUAGUACCCCAGCCAAAUAUGACAGAUAAUAUCCCUCAUGAUGCUCCACCCGAUUUAAGACUAUUACUUCAAACGCUUGAAAAUGAUUUCCAUGUAAAUCGAACCAUCGAUCAAUAUACAUACAUUAAUGGACGAGAGAAUAUCUUAAGAAAUAUAGAACGUCUAAGACUUCAACAACAACAACAACAUCAUCAAUCAGAUAUUCAAUUGGAUCCAGAAAUGUUAGAACCUCCUAUAUAUCCUCGAUUAAGUUCCAGUUCAAGUUCAGAAUUAAAUGCCGAUGAUAAUGAAUUGACUCGACUUCUGCUUGUAGAUAUCUUAGAAAAACGAUCUAAAUUACAACGACAAGAUGAAGAAGCCUUUAUAUCACUUGAUUCAAAGGGUAAACGAGUGAAUUCAAUUACUUGGACAAAAUUAUAUUUAAAGGCUAUGAAAUUAGCUUAUGAUAUGCAUCAUAAACUUUCUUUAAGAAAUGGAAAUUGUGUAUUUCUUAUAUAUAAAGAUGGUGAAGUAAUUGAAUUUGUAGUGGCAUUAUUUGCAUGUUUUAUGAUUGGAGCAACAGCAAUACCAAUUUAUCAAGAUAUUUCUUUAGAUGAAGUGAUGGUAAUGAUUAAUAAUACUUCAUCUCGAUUACUUUUAUAUUCUGAAUCGGUUGCAAAACGUUUAGAAGUUCAAAGUCUAACAUUGAAAUGGCCAUCUAAAUUAGUUCGAUGGAAAACUAAUGAUUUAGGUUCAGCAAAACCUCAUGAACAACUGGAAUUUAAAUCAAUUAUGCAUAAAAUGGUGGCAGAAUCCAAAUCCACUUUAGCUUAUGUUGAAUUUUCUCGUUCAUCUAUUGGAGAAUUAAGAGGAGUAGCAUUAAGUCAUCGAACUAUAUUACAUCAAAUGAAUUCUUUAGAAUUAACUUUACUGAGUAUGCCUGAUUCUGGUGGAGGAUUACAAAGAAGUAUUAAAGAAUAUCGUCCUAAUAGGAAAGUUGUAUUAGGUACUUUAGAUAUUAGAAUUUCAAUUGGUUUAAUUAUAGGAGUAUUAUUUACUGUCUAUACAGGGAAUGUACUUAUAUGGUCACCUCAAGUGGUAAUGGAAAUUCCUGGUUUAUAUGCUCAUAUUGUUACUAAAUAUCGAGCCGCAAUGUUAUUGGCAGAUAAUAUUGGUUUAAAACAAGUCACUUAUGAUUAUCAAAAAUCUCCUAAUUCAACUAGAUAUUUCUCUAAAACUCAAAGUGUUGAUUUCUCUCAUGUUCGUUGGGUACUUGUAAAUGCUUCUACAGUUGAUGGAGAAUUUGCUGAUGUAUUAUCUCAAAGAUUUUUACGUCCAUUAGGGUGUAAACAUCCUCAAAAUGCUGUAAUUCCUAUGUUAACUCUUAGUGGAUUUGGUGGAAUGGUUAUAUCUUUACGAGAUUGGUUAGGAGGUCAAUCACAAUCAUAUUAUGAUAAUCCAACCGGAGAUGAUCAAAGUUUGGAUAGUGAUCUUUCAUCAGUAUUAAUUGAUAAAGAUGCCUUGACUAGAAAUAUCGUUAAAAUAGUUGAAGUUAAUCCACCACCAGCAGAUGAUAUACCGAAGAAUUGUCUUAGAGUUGAUUCAUUUGGAUUUCCUUUACCUGAUGCAACAUUAGCAGUAGUUAAUCCUGAACUGUCUAUUUUAGUAUCUAAAGGUGAAUUAGGAGAAAUUUGGAUUGAUAGUCCAUGUUUAAGUGGAGGAUUUUAUAAACUGAGAAAUGAAUCAAAACAAAUCUUUCAUGCUAAAUGUCGAGGAGCUGAAGGUAUACUUCAAAUGGAUUUUUUAAGAACAGGAUUAUUAGGAUUUACAUUUCGAGGGAAAGUUUAUAUUCUCGGAUUAUAUGAAGAUAGAGUUAGACAACGAGUAAGUUGGAUUGAUCAAAGAAUGUAUCUGAAACUUAAAAAGGAAUUAAUUCUUGGAAAUGGUUAUAGAUAUCAUUAUUCUUCUCAUUUAUUAUCUACAGUAGCUACUGAAGUUCGACAAGUUCAUGAUUGUACAAUAUUUGAUAUAUUUAUUGGAAAUGAACAUUUACCAGUAGCUAUUGUUGAAACUGUUAUUGCUAGAAAGACAGUUGAUGAUAAUAAUUCAAUAAAUACUGAUCCCAAGGCUUCACCAUCUAAUAAAUUUAAUGAAACAGAAUCAUUACCAGCCAAUGAAGGAUUAUUAAAUAUGAUUGCUGAAAAAUGUUUUGAUGCAUUAUAUAGAAAACAUUAUUUAAGACUUUAUUGUGUGGUAGUAGUUGAUUGUGAUUCAUUACCAAGAAUUAUGAGAAGUGGAGGUCGAGAAAUUGCUAGUUUAUUAUGUAGAAAAUGGUUUAUUGAAGGUAGAUUAGAUGCUCAAUUUGUUAAAUUUUUUGCUAAUAAAUCAGUUAGUAUGAUUCCUCAUGGUGAAGAUCCAAUUGGAGGAAUUUGGUCACCAUAUUCUUCUCAACUUCGAAGUGCUGCUCUCAGUAAUUUCCCUGAUCAAUAUUCUAAAAUUGAUUAUCGAUCAAAUUCAAUUGAUGAUAAAACCAAAAUCCCCUUAACUGAUUUUAAAUCUAUAGUAGAUAUAUUAAAAAUGAGAGUGGCUAAUUCGGGUGAUUCAAUUGCUUUCCAAUCAGUUGAUAAUAGUGGGAAAAAUUCUAAACCAUUAACUUGGAAAAAAUUCGAACAUCGAGUUUAUGCAGUAUGUAAUUAUCUUAUUGAAAAGGCCAUGAUAAGACCCGGUAGAUAUGUUAUAUUAAUGUAUUCAUUAUCAGAAGAAUUCAUUAUUUCAUUAUAUGCCUGUUUAAUUUGUGGAAUUAUUCCAAUUCCAGUAUUACCAUUUGAUUCUAAUAGAAUUGGAGAAGAUUUACCCGCAUUUGUGGGAGUAUUAAUGGAUUUUGAUGUAGCAGAAAUCCUUGUAAAUGAUGAAAUUGAAAAAUUCUUAAAGACAGGACUGGUUUCUGAUUCAAUUAAGAAAUAUUAUCAUCGAGCUUCACAAAAUUUACGAAUUAAAAAUACGGCUAAAUUAACUAAAGUUUCGAAUGUUGCAACUUUAUUAUCAAAAAUUUCUAAAUAUCAAGCCGCAGUUAAUUAUCGAGAUCCAAAUACUAUAGCUUUAAUUUGGUUAAAUUUUACUUCUGAUCAUUAUCGAGUAGGAGCAACUUUAACUCAUAAAACCAUUAUUGGAAUUUGUAAAGUAUUUAAAGAAACUUGUGGAUUAACUUCAAAAUCUUCUAUAGUUGGAUGUGUAAGACAUGCUUCAGGAAUUGGAUUUAUUCAAUCGGCUUUAUUAGGAGUGUUUUUAGGUGUAACAACUUAUUUAUUUUCACCGGUUAGUUAUGCUGAAAACCCUCUAGCAUUCUUUUUAACUUUAGCUCGUAAUAAAGUUAAAGAUGUAUUUGUUACUGAUCAACAACUUAAAUAUGCUGUAUCUAAAUUUACUCCAAAGGGGUUUACAUUAAAUCAUUUAAAAAAUAUGAUGAUUAGUACUGAUUCUCGAGUUGAAAUUGAAUUAUUAAGAGAAAUUGCUAAAGUAUUUCGUCCAACUCAAUUAAGUGCCGCUUCUUUAUCAACUGUUUAUGAUCAUUUUUUUAAUCCAAUGAUUUCUACAAGAUCAAAUAUGACUAUUGCACCAGUUGAUCUUUUUUUAGAUCCAAUUGCGUUAAGACAAGGUUAUGUAUCAGUAGUUGAUCAAAAGGAAGUACCAAAUGCUUUACAUAUUCAAGAUUCAGGAGUUGUACCAGUAUGUACCCAAGUUGCCAUAGUUAAUCCAGAAACUUGUAGAGUAUGUAAAGAAGGAGAAUAUGGAGAAAUUUGGGUAGCAUCAGAAGCUAAUUUACCAUCAUUUUCCAAUGGCCCAAAGGGUCCAGAAGAUAAAUUUAGUAAAAUUUUAUUUAAUGGUAAAAUUAUUGGAGGAGAUCCAAAUAUUACUUAUUUAAGAACAGGAGAUUUAGGAUUUUUACAUAAUAUUUCUAUUACAAAAAAUAUGGAUAAUGGACGUAAUAAUUCUCAUGGUGGUGGUAUGAUUGAAUCAUCACCAGAACAACUUACAUCAUUUCAACCAUUAUUCCUUUUAGGAAAAAUAGCUGAUACAUUUGAAGUUAUGGGAUUACAUCAUUUCCCAAUUGAUAUUGAAAAUACUAUUGAAUCAAGUCAUCCAGCUAUAAAUAAAAAUGGAGUUUGUAUAUUUAAAUGUUCCGAUUAUACUAUAGUGGUUUGUCAAACUCUGUCAGUAAAAUAUUUUGCAUCAUUAGUUCCAAUUAUUGUUAAUACAGUAUUAAGUAAACAUCAUCUUAUAGUUGAUAUAGUAGCCUUUAUUAAACGAGGUGAAUUUCCUAUAUCAAGACUUCGUACAAAACAACGAGCAAGAAUUGUUGAUGCUUGGGUUAAAGGAUUUAUACCAAUUAUUGCAUCUUAUGGAAUUAAUUAUGGAGAAAAUGUAAUGUUAAAAUUAAUUAAAGAAAUAGGUGAAGAAUCUAAAGAUGAUCCAUUUAUUGGUUUAAAGAAUCCUGCUCUACCUUAUGAGACGUCAGACAUUGACGACAUUUUUGACGAACAUCGUCAGGGUCUAACAUUGAAUCAAGACUUUUAUGAAGCCGAGAGACGAGCCGAGUUCAGUAUUUCCAAUUAUAGUACGAGCACGGCGUCUGUAGAAUCGGUUCCUGCUGAGAUUUAAAAUAAUUAAUUUAGUUUAGUUUACUUUUACUAUAUAGUAAUAUAACUAGAGUGUAGUAAAGAAAAA